AGAAACAAGCACAAUAAAACGGAAUCUAAAUCUGUAUUAUUUAAGUCUCAUGCGUAAGAAGCCAUAUAAAUAUAAUAAAUAAUCAAACGACUCGUGUGAACACGUUGCAACCUGUGAGUGGAGAAGACUCUUCGACACAGUUACGUUGCGCUAAUUGAGACAAUCCUGCCGUUUAAACGUUCACGCGUACUGCUUGUCGCGAGAAUCUAAUAACUCGGAUCUGAUUUUUUUUCAAAUUGGAAUAUGAAAUGGCAAGAAUCGUAGCGUGUAUUGUAUUAAUUUAUUUGAGUGCAUGUUGUAAUAUAUUGAGCGCAGACGAAAAUGACAACAAUGUCAGUGACGAAAUACAGAAACCACCUUACAAAAGUCCAAAUCCUGUGGGCUAUGCUUAUUUAGCGGAAGACUUUGACAAUGAAGAAAAAUUAAAAACCACGUGGAUAUUAUCAGAAGCAAAGAAGAACGAUAUUGAUGAUGACAUCGCCAAAUACGAUGGAAUUUGGUCCGUUGAAGAAUUGAAGAGACACGCAGAAAAAGGAGAUUUAGGAUUAGUGCUUAAGAGCCAAGCUAGACAUGCUGCUAUUUCUACUAUGUUAGAUAAGCCUUUUUAUUUUGAAGAUAAGCCCUUAAUUGUACAGUACGAAGUUAAUUUUCAAGAAGGUCAGGAUUGCGGCGGUGCCUAUCUUAAAUUGCUCACAUUAGACGAGGAAUCUGGAGACUUGAAGCAGUUUCAUGAUAAAACACCAUAUACCAUAAUGUUUGGGCCUGAUAAAUGUGGCAAUGAUCAUACGCUUCAUUUUAUAUUCCGACACAAAAACCCAUUGAACGGCACAAUCACAGAGAAACACUGUAAGAAGUCAAAAGAUCGGCUAGAAAAUUAUUUCACAGAUAAAAUUCCGCAUUUGUAUACUCUAAUCGUACGGCCUGAUAAUAGUUACGAGAUCAAAGUUGAUAAUAAAGUCCUAAAUUCGGGCUCGUUGUUAGACGAUUUCGUUCCUCCCGUAAAUCCGCCUCUGGAAAUAGAGGAUCCUGACGACAAACAGCCCGAGGAUUGGGACGACAGAGAAAAGAUCCCUGACCCGUUGGCAGAGAAACCCGAGGAUUGGGAUGAGGAUGCUCCGGCCCAGAUAGUCGAUGAGGAGGACGUUAUGCCUGAAGGGUGGCUUGAGGACGAACCACCCAUGAUACCAAAUCCGGACGCAAUCAAGCCCGAAGAUUGGGACGUCGAGAUGGACGGGGAAUGGGAACCUGAGGAAAUACCAAAUCCGAAGUGCGCGGAUGCCCCCGGUUGCGGCCCGUACAAGCAGAGAAUGAAGAAAAAUCCACGAUAUAAAGGAAAAUGGUUGGCACCGCUCGUCAACAAUCCCGAUUACAAGGGAAAAUGGAAACCUAAACUGAUACACAACCCUGAUUAUUACAACGAUGAGCAUCCAUUUAGGAUGCAACCAAUUAUGGCUGUUGGUUUCGAACUGUGGUCCAUGUCUCCCGAUAUAUACUUCGACAAUAUGAUUAUCACAGACGACGAGGAAGUUGCAAGAAAGUGGGCGGCUGAUACUUUCGAAGUACGACGUGAUAAAAUUACCGAAGAAACCAAAACUAUAUUUCAACGAAUCGUGUCCUUCACCGCGGCUAAUCCAUGGGUAUGGGGAGUAUACGUAUUAGUAAUUGCAUUACUUGUAACGCUGCUACUAUACUGUUGCUGCUUUAACAAAGAGGAUCCAUCGGAUCUCAAGGAAGAAGAUUUCACAGGAAAAACACCUUUAGGAAUAAGCGACGACAUAGGCAAAGUGGAGGAUGAGAAUGAAUCUGCAAAUCCUGCCGACCAAGGAGUCGCCAUAGAAGAAGUAGAAGACACAGAGAAAGAGACUGGAACUGACGAAAUCAUAGAAAGUGAUAAGGAUACGUUGAUCGGUGGCGAAGGUCCACGACGAAGGAAACCAAAUAAAUAGUGAAGCAAAAAAGUUGAAUAAAAAAUUAUAAAAGAAAAUUAUUAUAUCGCUGAUAUUUACGUAAUAUACUGUCACAUUCCACAUUACACUUGCCACUGUGGAUAGUAGGGUUACCAAAACACUAGCAAAUUCAGUCACUACGAUGUGAUCAAUAGUAUUUAUUCUCAUCAUCUAUAAGGAUACUUUUACUUCGUAUAUACAUUAUAUAUAUAUAUAUAUAUAUAUAUAAGUUUUUGUCAGUAUAUAUGUAUAUUUAAACGAAUUAUUCUCAGAUUAUAUGCUUUUUCGUAUAACGAGUGAUGUGUGACGCAACUGUACUUGGAAAUUCGCACGAGUGCUGUCCAUAAAACGAACAAUGCCUUAAUAACGUAUAUAGUAUUUGUAUUUUUGGUUAUAACGUGAAAAAAAUGUUACAAGCGUCGAACACGCCGAAUUUACUCGGUUUGAUGUCACAAAUCGGAUAUAUUAGAGAUAGAAGAUGAAGAAAAUCAAGAAGUUAUGAAUGUAUCAUGUGAAUGCAAGAUUCAUCGUAUCAUGUGAGAAUCAAAGAUUUACAAGAUUUUAAUAAUCGUUACAUGUACUUUUUGAUUGCUAUGGUGAAAUCAAAUCUAAUUGGAACACAUGUACUUUACUCUUUGCUUACAUGUUUAACAAAAAAAAAAAAAAACAGUUUUCACUUCUCUGUUAUUUAGUAAAUAUGUUUGUUAUUAAAAAGAAACUAUUUUAAUGAGUAUAUUUAACUGAUUUUUCUAACUAGUUACAAAAAUGUGUAAAAAAAUGUAGCUAAUAUAAGUUUUUAAAGCCAUUAAUAUGCAACAGCGGCAUUUAUCACUGACCAUAGUAGUUGAUAAUUAAUGAUUCGUCAUUAUUAUUAUUAUUACUUAUUUGGUGUACUCACGAAAGUUGAUGUGUUUAAGUUAAGCGAACAAGAGUUCAUAUGGUAUAUUUGUGUAAUCAGGUACUAUGUUGUUUGUAUUGACCGUGAAAUAAAAUUCAAAAUAGAAAAGUUAAAUACAUAAGAUUGAAAUAUCA